AUGGCAAAAAAACUCAUCAUCUUCAAAAUCCUAAUCACAAUCUCAAUUGCAAUCCCCACCGCAUCCUCCGCAACGGUGGUGGAAGACCUCAACAACCUCCAGCCGCCGCCGGAUUUCAACGCCACCAUCACAAACAACUGCCGCCGCAACCCCUCCCUCCGCUACUGCAACUCCUCUGCCUCCCUCAACCUCCUACUCAUCUUCAAGUCCACCAUCGUCGCCGCCCAUCUCUGCAACCUCUCCAACAACCCCAAUUGCGUCGACUCCUUCCCCAAAAUCGACCUCCGCGCCCGCCCCCGUCUCGCCCCCCUCUACCUCUCCUUCGAUUUCUUCUGGAGAUUCUGCCCCUUGUCGAUCCAAUCCGUCGAUUUAUCCAACAAUUCGUUGGUCGGAAGCUUCCCCGAAGAUGUUUUGGGGUGCGCACAGAUCCGGUCGCUCGAUUUGAGCCUCAAUCGCCUCUCCGGCGAGUUUCCGGUGGAGAAGGUUUCGUCGUCUCUCCCGAAUUUGACUUCUCUCAACGUAUCGGAUAAUGGCUUCUCCGAGUGUAGGGUCUCGGAGGUGCGGUUCUUCGGCCGUUUUAAUUCGUCGGGUUUUGUGCAUUCCGGCUUGAUUCCGGAACACCGGGAGCUGAGGAUCAGGACGGUGGUGUUUCUGGUCGGUUUCCCGGUUGUGGUGAUCGCUACCGUCCUGUUUUUCAUGUGGCUCUGUUUUUGGCGGAAAAAUUGCGGGAGGGGGGAAUUCGAAUUCGAGGUGAGGGCGGUGGAGGAGGCGAUUGGCGGAUUAUUGAGGCGGAAUUUGGCGGGAAAAUCAGAUUCGGAUUUGGGUAGGGUUUAUAGGGGUGUUUUGAGGGAUGGGAGGGUGGUGGGGAUUGGGGUUGUUUAUUCGGGGGAGAAAGCGGCGGCGAGGGAGGUGAGGAGGAGAUCCGUGGAGAGGUGCGAGGUGAUAGUGCGGCUGCGGCACCGGAACGUUGUGCGGGUGUUGGGGUGGUGCGAUAGCCGGAGAUUUGUGGCGGUGGUGAUGGAGUGGAUUGAUGGCGGUGGGGGCGGGAGGAGGAAUUUGGGGACGUGGAUUAAGGAUUGCGCACCGCCGUGGAAGCAGAGGGUACAAGCGAUCGUGGGGAUCGCUGGCGCGGUUCGUUAUUUGAGUGGGGAAUGCCCUCAAAUUGGGUAUAGUCUUAGGGCGGGAGAUGUGGUGGUGUCGAAAAACGGAGAUCCGGUUAUAACUAGAUUCGAAUUCGACGAUGAUAACGACGAUGAUGAUAAUGAUGGUGAUCGUAGCUGUGCAAAGAGAAUGUGUGAGUUUGGGGUGUUAGUCUUUGAGAUACUAAUGAAUAGGUGGGAUUUGGGGAGGAGAGAGAGGGAGAGCGGGAUUGUUGAGUGGGUGAAGGUGAAUUGCGCGGGAAAUGUGGAGGAUUUGAUCGACGAGAGGGUGGAGAGGACGGCUGAGAUGGUGGCCGAGGCGGCACAAAUGGUGGAAUUAGGGCUGAUUUGCAUGGAUCUGUCGAGGAGGCGGCGGCCGAGUUGGGAGAAAUUCCGGCAAGUGCUUUUGAGGAUCUCUCAUCACGCACAUAGAGGAGGAGGGCACGAACAUGUUCAUCACAGACAACAUUAGUAGAUUCAAUGGCGAUCUAAAAGGCCAUGGUCGAUAGAUCUCAGAGCUUGCUAGGAGAACUUUACUAUUUUGACUUUUGAGGUGCUCCUGGUUUUACAAUAAGACAAAUAACAAUGAAGAUUUGA